AGUCAUAUUGUUUUGACAUUCACCACUCAGUUUCCCGGUCGUAUUAAGAACACAAUGGGAAAAACUAAGAAAAAGGAUGGUAAGGGCGAGGAAGUAGAAAACAAAGAAGGGAAAGUUCACAGUUUCAUCAAUGGCAAAGUCCAGAAGAAGGAGAAGCACCAGAAUCCGGAUAAGAAGAGGAAAACUCUGCUUGAACCGAAAGCAAAAACAUUGAAAAAGGAGCGCAAGGACGAUAACGAUGAAGGCAAGAAACCCAAGAACAAAAAUCAGACACCUGAAAAAAAUAGAAAUUCUAAACGAAGGAAUAACUUGCCAUUGAGUGCGGCCGCAUCGGAGGAUAUUUCCACGGAAGCACCAGAAGAGACAUCCGAGAAAACACUUCGACACGAGUCGAAACCAGAAAACACCAUUUUCGUUGGUAAUCUACCAACAAACACAAAGCAAAAGCAACUCAAGAUGUUAUUCGAGAAAUUCGGCAAAGUUGUUUCUGUCCGGCUUCGAACUAGCUUAGGAAAAAGACUCUUCAAGCAUACAAUGCGUAAAAAAACAGAUUCAUUGAAUGGCUACGUAGUCUUCGAAAGCAUCGAAUCAAAGGAGAAGGCGCUGAAGUUGACCGGGACGGAAUUCAAGGCGCGGCACAUUCGCGUGACUAGCGCCCAGGACCUCUCAAGUGAGCCCAAGAGAACAGUUUUCGUAGGCAACCUAAAGUAUAAUGCAACCGACGAGAAACUGCACGAGAUCUUCUCUACUUGCGGCGAUGUAGAUUACGUUCGGACGAUCCGCAACGAGAAAGGUUGCACAGGCGUGGCCUACGUUUGCUUCAAAAAGCCAGAGGCAGUGUCGCUGGCUCUUGAUCUGAACGACACAAUGCUGGACGAGCGGCCGAUACGAGUGCAACGUUACAAGAAAAACGACGGCGAAGUGAAGGGAGGAAAAAAAGUCCUCAGUGGCCCCGCUAGGAGGAUGUCGGAAAAGAAAAAUAAACAAGCAAAGGGAGGAAAAUCGGCCAAAAGCGCUGCAUCAAAGAAGUCGGAUAGUCCCAGAAAGGAAAAGAAAUCAGACUUUCAUGGGAAGAAAAUAUCAACGACAAAAAAGAAACCUAAGGAUAAGAAGAAGAAAGUAUCGCAUCUGCAAAAGCUGGCCAACAAAAUAGCGCCAAAAUAAAAGUCCCCAGUCGCUUUAAA